GAGAUCGACAGGCGGUUUGCUGCUAUUGAGAAUGCCCAGAAGGUUCCGGAGGACUUGGAAAAGCGCUUGGCAGCUUUGGAGCAGAAGUUCGCCGCUGGCCCCGCAGCCGGGCCGACAGGCCCUGCAGCAGCGGCAGAGCCAGGGGAGGUCCGUCGGCUCAAUGAGAUGGCCUCAGCGGGUCAGGUCCCAGCGAGCCUUUCCAUGCGGCCUGUUUGGCAAAGGCCGCCCAGGCCACCCAGGCUUGGAAACGGCUCGCCUGCGCCUCGCCUGCCCUGGGAGCCCAAAACGGCUGUUCUGCGAGGUGCUCGAGGGUCAGGGGCAGAGGCCAAGAGAUCUAGGCCUAGGCCUGCUGAAGAGCUGACGGGGCUGGGCCGCGCAGUGGAGAUGUCGCGGGGAGUGGCUUUGCUGGCUUGGCCCUUCCUGAUCCACAUGCUCUUCCAGCUCACAGACAAGCUGAAUGCCUUCGACGGCCUCUUAGGCCGGAACCUCACCAUGCGGGUGCUCGUGUAUGUAGGCUCCUCCAUGUGGCUUAUGAAAGCUGCUCUCGCCACUGAUCUUCGAUACACAGCCCGGGCACUGAACCACCUCCUAUCCCGCGUGUUUCAAGCUGCGGGCCUGGAUGGUUGGCUCUCUGAGAAGUCGUCUGAGUUCGUCAUCUCAGUUCUGAUGCGGGUUUCUCGGGUGACGAUUGCACUCGCAGCACUGAACUUUGGCUUUCGUGUGCUUCCGACCACUUGGGAGUUGGAUCUGUCCAGUUCAGAUCCAUAUUUCCUGCUGCUGGAUGCAAAUGGAGAUGGUAUUCUUGCCGCAUCCGAGGUUUUUCAUUUUGUUUUCGACAUCAGCAACCGUCUCUGGCGCGCUGCCGUGACGUCGGUUAUCGGGCUCUGUCUGCUGCAGCUGAAGAAGCCCCCGGAGACCAAACUUAUCUGGUCAGAAGCAAUGGAGACCGGUCACGGCCCGUUGAGCAAGCUUUCUAAGAUCGUUUAUGCCAUGCAGAAUCCUCGUCACGGAGAACUGCGUAUGCUUGCGAGACGGGUUGCCUUGGGAAGCCGUCUUAUUAGUUGCACCAUCGUCCUGAGCCUUUUCGUGCUGCCGUGGGCCUACUUUUUUGGCCUUCGCCCGCACCUCGUCUUCGCCUUCGGGGGUGUCGGUGGCCUGGCGGUGGGCCUGGCAGCCCGAAGCUUUGUUGGCAAUCUCAUUGCUGGACUUCUGAUUCAGCUUAAUCGCCCUUUCGUUGAGGGAGACGAGAUAGAGGAUAAGAAGAACAACCUCAAGGGCGUGGUUGAGGAGAUCGGCCCAAUCAACACGCAUAUCAACAGUUUGCAGGGUGUAAUGGUUCAUGUCCCUAACCAGACUCUCUUGGACGACGUUGUCAUCAACAAAUCCAUCAAAGACUUUCGACCUAUUGAGGAGUCCCUUUAUGUAGUACCCUCCUCGGCCUACAGCCUGCCAGAUCUUGUCGGGAACCUGCAGUUAUUGUUGGAUUCUCAUCCAUCGCUUAUGCAAGAGGAGGAUGUGAAACAGCUCAUUCAGCUCCGUGGGGGUCGGGUGAAGCUCUUCCGUCCUUUGGCCAUGUUUGAUGGCUACUGCGAUCUUGGAGCGAAGCUGGUGAUCUACGCCUUCUGUCGUGGAGCCUUGUCCCGCAGGGACUUCAAGGCCCUGAAGAGCCAAGUGAUGCUUUCAAUCCACAAGUGCAUCUCUGACCACGGCGCCGAGAUCGGCCACCUCACCGGAGCCAUCCGUGGCCGCGGCCCAAGGCCCCAACGCGCUGUGGCUCCAGCGACGGAAGUGAACAAUCGGAACAACUUUGCCUCCACAGAGGUGCACAAGCGCUUGGCGGCCAUCGAGAGCACCACGGCCACUCACCGCGAGGACCUCAACCAGAAGUUGGAUGCGAACAAGAAGGAGCUGCAACGCCUGGUGGCGUCCUUGGAGGACAAGAUUGACAGCGCGGGCGGUGGUAGUGCUGGGGCCGGCGAUGACAUGAAGAAGGGGGCCGAAGCCCAGAUCAUGAAGAAGGUUGCUACCAGGUUGCAAGACUUUGAGUCGCAGAUCACGAGCCAGCUGUCGACAGUUGCCACGGACUUCGACAAGAAGCUCUCCCACGUUCAGCGCUCGACAGGGGCCACGAAGCCAAUUGACGGCGCAAGUGCAGGAGGAGGCACCGGCCUCGACACGAUGGCCGAGGAUGUGGACCAGCUGAAGUUCGACGUUGGGGAGCUGAAGGAUUUGCUGACGAACAGCAAGGGUGAGGUAAACCACAUCCGCCGCAUUGUGCUGGCUUGCGAGCGAGACAUGGAAGACUUCACAGCCGCGAUGGACGCUGUGAAUGUGGACUUGGACGAGAUGCGCGCCCGUGUAGAUGCGACCCACUCCAUCAUCACCAGCCGCCAGCGUGUGGAAGCAACCAUGACAGCAGAGAUCUCGACCAUGCGCCUCGACAUCGGCGACAUCCAAGAAGCUCUCAAGAAUCAUGACUCCUGGAUGGAGGACGUGUCCAACACCCUCCAGCAGAUGCAAGAGAAGGAGGAGAAUUUGAGUGAGGAUAUGAUCAACCUUAAGAACGAGCUCACAGCCAAGCUCGACACCAAGGUGGACAACGUCGCCUGGAAGGAGGCGAACGACGACCUUGACGCGGCUAUCAAGACUGUUCGCGACAUGGUGUCCUCUCUUCGACUGGAUGUGGAUGCCCGCCGCCGCAAGGUGGACGAGAUUCUGGCCACCGUCCGGCAUGACAUCACAGCUGUCGAGACGAAUCUUGAGGAAUCCAAGUCCAAGCUAGCGAUGGACACUGACCAUGCUAUCAAUGCUCUGAAUGGCCGCAUCGACUUCACGAACAAGGAUCUCGCCGCAACCCAGGAAAGCCUCCACACAACCCAGAACUCCCUCAGCGAUUGCUUCAACGAGGUGGCCGUUGUCAGAAGCGACUUGGAACGGAACGUGGCAGACACCGAGGCGCGGCUCAAGAACGACAGCCGCUCGAAGCAGCAAGAAGUCAUGGAGAAGAUUGGAGAUGUGGAGCAGCAGUCGGAGCUUCGUUCUGCAGAGUCCUCACGCCGGCUGGGAGCCCUCGACCUCCGCAUGAGUGGAGUUCAGGGAGGCUUGGGAGAGCAGAAGCGUGACAUCCUCAAGCUUCGCGAAGAGGUGAACGGCCUCACAGUCAAGAGUGCCAGCCACGAAGUGGAUAUCCAGAAAGGGUCAGAUGCUGUCAAGAAAAUGGAGAAGCAGCGCAACUUGGACGGCCAGAACUUCAAGGCGCAGCUGGAUGCCAUCCACGAUGUAUUGGACACCAAGGUCAAUGAGAAGCCCUUCGAGGACGUCAAGCACUGCGUCUCCUCCCUGACCAAAGGUGUCGUCAAGUUCGCGCAGGUCGUCGGUGUUUUCCCUGGCCCACGAUUUGACGAUGCUGAGGGUGGCGAGGGGGCGGAAGCUGACGUCGAACUCCUGGGCUGGGAGGAGAGCGCCGAGACCUUGUCGUUCCGGGUGGACAAGGCCUGGCGCCAGCGCUGCUCCCAGCGCUUCCGCAACAUCUUGGACAUGAUCGCCAAGAAGGCGGACCACAGCGUCCUGCGUCUCCUCCAAAUCUCGCAGCAGCACAUCGAGUCACAACUGGAGCGCGUGAAGCACGAGCGGGAGCUGUGGAAGGAGGUCGUGGAGCGACGUCAACAGCAGCCCCUCCAGUUGGCCUUGUCCAUGAAAGUCCUCUCAGUCCACUCCUCCUCUCCCCGCAGCCGGAAGCCAAACUGCUCGGCCUCCCCGCUGAAGCGUGCUUGCCUUGAGAGGACCGAGUAUGCGCUUUGUGCCCUCGUCCUUUUCUCCCAGGCCCCCACCGGCUCCGUUUCUGUCGGAGGUGAUCUCAGGGAGGCCGUGGGCCUCGGAGGUCCAUUCCAUUCCACCAUUGCCCGCUUCGAUCGGACAGUCCUCUCGGGCAGUCACACUCAGAAGCCCCAGUGGCUGCGCCUGCGCUGCGAGGAGCCCUCGCGCAAAGGCGAUCGUUUAGUUCGGCGUCCUUUUCUGCUGGACUCGGACGACAGCCUGACAGCUUUCUUGCAAAGAGUCGGGCCCUGCUGCGUCUUUGCAGACGUUUGGGCCAGCGUGGAGACUCUGGGCUUAAAGGCUCCGCCAGAUCUCGAGGUCCCGGAGACCGGCCCAGCUCUGCUCUUUCUGCACGAGGGUGGUCUUCCUGCCGCAGAGGGCUUCUAUAUGGGCUCGUCUUGA